AUGGAGGUGGACCCCAACCCCGGCACCAAUGAGCUGUCGGAGCUGGCAGGGCCCGGCUCCUUUCUGGCAGACAUCUCCAGCUCCAUCCCCGGCAUCGAUGAGGCCAUGAGCUUCGCCGAGGUCAUCAAGCAGGUCAACAGUUUGGACUACAGCUGCAUCGUCUUUGACACGGCGCCAACCGGGCACACGCUGCGGCUGCUACAGUUCCCCACCACCCUGGAGAAGGGGCUGGGCAAGCUGAUGAGCCUGAAGGAGUCAUUUGGGGGGAUGCUGAGCCAGGUCACUGCGCUGCUGGGUGCAGGCGGUGAGGGCGACAUCAUUGAGCAGGCCUCCCAGAAGCUGGUUGCUCUCAAGGGGGUCGUGGAAGAGGUGAACCGGCAGUUCAAGGACCCUGCCAUGACCACCUUUGUCUGCGUGUGCAUCCCGGAGUUCCUGUCGCUCUACGAGACCGAGCGCCUCAUACAGGAACUUGCCCGAUUCAGCAUCGAUUCCCGGAACGUGGUCAUCAACCAGAUCAUCUUCCCGGAUGGAGUCGGGACCUCGCGCCUGAUGGAGGCGAGGGUCAGGAUGCAGCAAAAGUACCUGGACCAGUACUUUGAGCUGUACGACGACUUCCACAUAGUGCAGCUGCCUCUCUUGAACGAGGAGGUUCGGGGUACGGAGGGCAUCAGGGCCUUCUCCAAGCACUUGCUUCAACCCUACAGCGUGGCCGAGCCAGGGAGGGAGGAACUGGAGGCGGAGCUGGCCGUGACCAAGGCCAGGGUUGAGCAGUUGCAACAACGACUGCAGAUGCUGUCAUCCACAAAUCCAUAG